CGGAAAUGAACGGCGCGCGGCUGCUCCUCUCUCUGUACGUGUGUGUGUUUAGGUUACUGGGGUGUGUAAUGGUUGUAACUGGGAGAGGUGAUGAUCAGAGAUAUAGCACCAGCACAUCACCGGAGCAGGAGCUCUACAACGAGCCGAGGCCGGAGAUCGGGGACAGUGACUUUACCCAUCAUCCUCCUCCUCAUCACCCAUCCGCCAUCACGCCUCCUUAUCUCCUCCUCCCCAUGUUCCACCACCGCUCCUCUCCUGCCGUUUCUAAAGAGCUUUUCAGACCUGUAACCGGAAGGAGGACGUUACCGAGCGUUCUGUCCAAUAUUCUGAUCCCACAAGUGCCCCAGACUCCCAUCCGGGUCACUCCCGUGAAUAAUAAUUACGGUGUGGAGUUGUGGUGUGGCUACAGCAAGAUUUCCGUUCGAAUCAAUCAGGCUCUGCUGAACUUCCGGAGCUCCGCCGCUUACUUCCGGUUGGGAACAUGUCCGCCGUCACGUGUUGACGGGAGCGUCCUGUACUUCCAGUACGAGCUGAAUGAGUGUGGGAGUUCGCUAUCGGUGAUAAACGGACAGCUCCUGUACACUAAUGAGGUUCUCUACAGGCCGGAGGAUCAGGGAGCCGUCAUCAGAGCUGUGCCGCUAACGCUACCCGUCCAGUGUGCGUACGAUCGGUUUCACUAUUCGUACAAAAUCGGCUAUUUGCCGGCGUCUCGUCCGCAGUCGUUUCGGAAGACGUUGAUCAGGAAGCGGGUCUUCGGUCUCUCUGUGCGAAACGGUAAGUGGGAGGAACUUGAGGUGAACAAGAGUCACGUCCUCGGAGAGCCCAUAUACUUUGAAUUCGGAGCAGAAGUCAUCUUGAAGGACAAGCGCGUUUACGUCAAGGCCUGUCACGUUACGCCGAGCGAGGAUUCCAGCUCCACCCAGCGCUACGAUGUCAUCAGCAACUUCGGAUGCAUGGUGGACAGUAAGAGGACAGGAAGUCAGUCGCGCUACAUCUCGAGGCAGACGAACGUCCUUCGCUUUACACUCGACGCGUUUUUGUUCGCUGAGGCGGAUUCAGAGGUAUCGCUUUCUACUUUAUAUAAUAUCACAGAGUCGACUCCCGUUCUAAUCGAGUUGGAUAAAGAUGAGGAUGAAAACUGGGGUUUUGCUUUAACAGAGUCUUUUUCCUGUGUUUUCGUGGUUGUUGGUCGUUCUGUUGAUCAGCGUUUUUAUUUGCACUGCACUGUUGUGGUUGGAAACGCGUCCGCGAGCACCACAGCAAAGUCCUGCACCUACAGCGAGUCUGCGCUCAGGUGGGAGGAGCUUGGUGGCGACGCCUCCGUCUGUGACUGCUGUGACUCUCAGUGUCGCCCUCCGGAGUUCAGUAAGUUCUGUAACUGUGUGUCUUUACAUCUUAGUUUUAAAAGUACGUAACGUUAAUUGCUGUUUCUGUUCUAUA